AAUACUGAGAGAAGGAAAGGAAGGAUUACCUGUCAAGACUCUGGCAUGGAUUACUUGAUAAUUUAUGUACCAAAUUGAUUGUGUAGCUCAGAUCUGAGCUUACUUGAGGCGAGCUCAACGAGGACGUAGCCCAGAUUAAGUUGGUGUAGGGCAUAAAAGUAAUUUUUCGCUACAAGAGAGAAGAAGAAGAAGAAGAAGAAGAAGAAGAAGAAGGUAGGAAAAGAGAGAAAAAUUAGAGCAAAUAAUGGGAGGUGUGAAGAAAAAAGAUUGCUGUGUGGUAAAGCCAGCAGAGGAAACAUGGACAGGUUCCGUACCUCUAUCAGAGUUAGAUCAAUCUGGUGCAAUAAUUCAUGUAUCAACUAUCCAUUUUUAUCAAACACCCUCCUCCGAUCUCAUCCCCACUACCCUUAAACAAUCGCUGGCUCGAGUUUUAGUUCCUUUCUAUCCACUCGCUGGUCGCUUAAGCCGAAUCCACGGACCGCACCAUCGUCUACAACUCAACUGCAACGCCCAUGGAGUUAACUUCAUUGAAGCUGAGUCUGAAUUCACACUCGACCAUUUCUUGGGGACUCAUCAUCAUCAUGACCAGUCUCCUUCUCCUUCAGCUGAUCAAUAUACUCAACUCAAACCCACCGUAGAUUACACCCUCCCCAUCGAAGAGCGACCUAUAAUGAUAGCCCAACUCACGAGGUUCGCUUGUGGCGGCAUCACUCUCUGCUCGAGCUUUUCCCAUGCUGUUAUUGGUGGUCAGAGUAUCGGUGUCUUCCUCACGGAGUGGGCCAGAUUCGCUCGAGGUGAAGUUUGCGUGAAAACGGAGCCGUUUCACGACCGAAGUGUCCUGGGAGUAAGAAAUCCUUCGUCGAGUCGUGCUCCGCAUUUUGACCAUGCCGAAGAGUUCAGUCAACUACCGGCGCUAGCAGAAGGCACGAAGAAGAAGAAGAGUAGUAACAAGGCAAUGACACUAAGAAUUAGUAAAGAACAAAUGGAAACACUAAAGGCAGCGGCGAAUGAGGGCCGAGACACCUCGACUCGUGCCUAUACUCGAUACGAGGCGUUGACGGGGCACAUAUGGAAAUGCGCGUGCAAGGCCAGAAAGCUUAAGACGGAACAGGCGACGGGUUUAGAAGUUUACGUUGAUGUGCGUAACCGCCUAGAGCCACCGCUGCCAUCCGGGUACUUCGGCAACAGCUCGAUCGGAGUUCUGGCCGUGUGUAAUGCCGGGGAGAUAAUGGUGAAGCCAUUAGAGUACGCAGCGAGCAGAGUGAGAGGAGCCAUUGAUAAGGGAAGUAGAAGUGAGUACGUCUGGUCCUAUAUUGACCAUUUGAAGAGUGAGAAAGACUUGAGCAAGUUACAAGAUGUUUCUGUAUAUGGUAACCCAAAUAUGAGUGUUUCGAGUUGGACGAGGAUACCCUUGUACGGAAUAGAUUUCGGUUGGGGAAAGGAAGUCUACACAGGUCCUGGAAGCCAGCGUGUUGAUGGAGACACAGUCAUUCUCUCGAGUUGCACUGGCGAUGGGUCUUUGCUUGUGUCCUUGUGUUUGGAAGCUCUGUAUAUGGCUUCCUUCCAGAAUCACUUCUACAAUGACAUACCGUGAUAUGUUGAGAUGAGGAGUGCAAUGAAUGGGUACAAACUCUUUGUUCA